AGUUAAAAGAGGACGUGUAGACAUGGGAUCCAAGGGCGGGCCUUCCUAGCCAAAUAGCAGGGCAUGGCAGAAGGUGAGGAAGGUGGCGACGAAGCCCAGGUCCCACCUGUCCGCCUCUGGGUAUGGCGGAUGGGCGUCUACUGCGAUGAGAACCAAGCAACAUGGCUGGUGGCCCAAGAAGAGGAAGGAGGGACGCUAAAAGCCCGGAUCAGAAGAAUCCCUGUGCCCCUGGGUGAAGCCGUGCGCCCCAGCCGCCUUCCUGCUUCUCAGCUGCCCCAUAUGUGGCAGCUUUCAGCGGGGCCGCAGUACCGGGACAGUAACUCUCGCAUCUGGGGCAUUGAACAACACUCAACGGUCAUGGGAGUGGAAGAACUGCUGCUGAAACUCCUGACCAGCAAUUAAACCCGGAGCUGUGAUGCUGGGACGGCGGCCCCGCUGUGGUUUUUUUAAUGUCUUAACUCCUAGCGCUCAAAAUGGCCGCUGCUGCCCCCGAGGCAGAGCACGGCGUGCAACUCCCUUAACACUGCCCACAGCAACGCCGCCCAAGAGCUUAGGACAGGCAGUCGAGAAGAGCAACAU